GUGUUGGUGAAUAAAGUUUAGGUUUUUAAGCAUUUUGAGCAUCUUUUACUGAUCAAUUCAGUAGCGAAGCAGAAGAUCUUUGAGCGCUAGCUUGCUUGGGAACGUGAGCAAACAUGGGCAGCACCGGCGAUCGGAUAGAAACGCUGUACAAAAACUACGAAAUACUGAGUGACGCUAAGGAAAAAAUCGCCGAGCAUGAAGCCGAGUACAGGGAGAUUCUCGAUGCGGUGAAGGGUUCCGACAAGGAAAAACGGCUGGCGUCGCAGUUCAUCGGCAAGUUUUUCAAGCACUUUCCCAGUCUGGCCGAGCGGGCCAUCAACAGUCAACUCGAUCUGUGCGAAGAUGAAGACGCACAGAUCCGACGCCAGGCAAUCAAAGAUUUGCCCCAGUUGUGUCGGGAAAACACCGAUCAUACCCCAAGGAUUGCGGACAUUUUGGCUCAACUGCUGGUCACCGAAGACGCUGUCGAGCUGCAGCAAGCUCACCAAUCGCUCCUUACGCUGGCAAAGUACGACGCCGUUGGAAUGCUUACCGGUAUCUUUAGCCAGAUAGUGGAUGGUGAUGAAACGACCCGGUUCCGUAACUUUCAGUUCGUCAAUAACAAGGUCAUGAAGUUGGGCUCCGAAGUCAUCACGAAGCUGGUCGAAGAUUUUAUCAUUGCUGAAAUCAAGAAAAUAUCACAGGAUGUGACCGCCGACGAAUUUCACAUGUGCAUGGCCAUUCUCAGCCAAACGAAGCUAAGCAAAACGUUGCCCGGGCAUGUGGAGCUCGUUAAUAUUGCAGCCGAACAGGCCGACCUCAAAAGUGACCCCGGCGUGCUUGCAUCCGACGAUGAGACUGUCGAGCGUUUUAUUCAAUGCUCGACCGAAGCCCUGCCGUAUUUCUCGUCACAAGUGGAAGCAACCCAAUUCGUCAAGUUUAUGUGCGAGAAGUUCUUGCAACCGAACGUGUGGAGUCUGAUCGGGGCGACCGACGAGCACCAUCAAACACAACUGCGGCUGCUGAAGGUGUUUGCCGAGAUGUGCGGUUUUUGCGGGACACUCGAGAAAGCCACCGAGAAAGUGCAAGCGAUCUACGACGUGUUGCUGGAGUACAUGCCGACACCGCCACAGGAUGCCGAUUUGAAUGACACACCAUCGUUCCAGUUCUCUCAUGCCGAGUGUUUACUGUACGCCCUGCACACUCUCGGUAAGCAAGCGAUCGACUUCCUUACCUUCCCGGACGAUCAGGCAAAGUUGAAAGAUUUCCGCUCACGGCUGCAAUAUUUGGCCCGCGGUACUCAAGGAUACAUCAAAAAGCUGCAGGAAGCGGUCAAGGGAAAGACGACAGAAGAAAUGAAGUCGGACGAGAAUCAAAUCAAAGUUACGGCCCUCAAGACCACUUCCAACAUUAGCACACUGAUCCGCGACCUGUUCCACUCGCCGCCCAGUUUCAAAUCGAACGUCCAACUGUCCUGGGUCGUACCGAAGGGAAAGAAAGUGCAACAGGAGGACACGAAGGCAGGCAGCAAGCGACAUGCGCCCAUUACCUUCGACAGUAAUGGUAAGGCCUCGGGAGGGUCGACGGCGGGUGGUGACCCGAAAAGCGCUAAGCAAUCAAAGCAAAGCUCGGGAUUACAGAAAAUGUACACCCCGCCGUCGGGCAAGUACUCUGCCAAGAUUCAGAGCAACUAUCAGUCGAAGAACGGCAGUGGCCGCCGUCCAUCUGGCGGUGGCGGUGGUCGAGGUGGUGGUGGUGGCGGUGGCAACCGUUUCAACGUGGGAAAAAGGAAGUAUUAGUAUGGUGGUGGACCAUGAGCAUCCUACACAGAGGUCGCGGAGUGGGAUUGAGAGUACGAACAGCUGAUUGGUCACCCGUCCUUGCAUCUUUUGCACACAUUUCCGAGUUCUUUCUUAUCUUUCCUAUUAUCGUAUCUCUUCACUUGGCCAGCAUACUGACGCUCGCAUUUCAGCUUACGGAUUUUAUUUAAGAUGACGGAAACUUUAUUCGUUUCUCUUUGUACUCUCUUGGAAGUUUUGUGUUAACUGCUGCUGCAAGGUAAAGAAACUGUUUAAGUUCCAAUGUUACAUUUCAGUUAAAAUUUCUCCAGUUAGUCCUAAAUCCCUUUCAUACUUUAAAAUAAUGCUACACUACGCUCGUAGUUCCGUAGCUUAUACAGUUGUUUCUUUUCAUUUAUCAAUAAAAAAGAUAAAAUGUGCACUUGAACGAUUUUAUCACACUUUUAACAGUGUGGAAGAGGAACUGUGAGUUUUAGUCACAUUUCCUGCAUAGCACAACCAUCUUAACGUUUGAAACAUAACGAAUUAUCGAACGAAUUAUCUUCAUUCAUUCUCAAAACGUUAAUUUUCUCUUCGUUUUCUUUCCUCGGUAAUUUUACCAGAGUUUUUUUUCCAAUGACUUACCUCUGUGCUUUGUUCCUUUGUAUUUCAUGAACCAUUUGGAUGUGUUGCUACUUUCCUGCGUCAAUUUUCUCAUAAACCCACUAUCGAAUGAUUUUCGAUUUGUAAAUUAUUAUCACAACAUGCCUCAAAACAAAAUCAUCGCUGUUCGUACUUCUCGAAUCCGAUUGUUCCGUUAGACGAUGAUCGAUGGCCGUACUCUGCGAAGUUCCACCUGCAACACCCCACCCACCACCGUAUCCCGUAUUCGAAUGCUGAUUGAUGAUGCCCGUUUGCAAAACCUUGCAAAAAGUGAGCCAACCAUGUUCCGUUUCUCCGUGUAAGUGUGUAGUGCCGAUCGGCCGACGAUUUUCCGGUGCAAACAGAACCGGAAGUGUUUUUUUUAUCUUUGCACGUUUCUGUCAUGAACGUUCGCGAGUUGAUUCGAUUGCCAGCAGUCGAAGCUGUGAGCUUACUUCGAUGAUUGGUGUGUAUUGAACACUUCUCAGUGGUUCAUUUAUGUUUCUUAGCAAUUGGGAAUUGUAAUCAAGCAACAUUACUUGGCAAUCUAGGAGCUAUGUAAUCAUGCACAACAUUUCAGACUUUUCAAUGUGUUUGCUUGGUUCCUUUACUUUCUGUUUUUAGAGGUUUUUGUACCCUAAUCUAGCUGUCAACCCGUUUUCGAACGGUGCGACUUAUAAAUUAUUUCUCCUAUACGUUUCUGCAAGUACGUUGUGGAACUAUUCUAUUCUCUCUAUGAACUUCAAUGUCCUCGAGAAAGUACCAUAACCUAGAAGCGACAUUCAAGAUGAAGAAUGUUUCGCUUGUCGGGUUGCUUCGACCGGGCAGGAUGUAGUUUUGCAUUUUUGCAAGCACAAACCGCAAAACAAAUGUGUUCCCUUGCUCACAAUCAAUCUGAUUUGCACCAUCCAUCCGAAACUGCAAAGAAAAUUUGCUGUUCUUUCUACAGAUU